AUGCAUGAUCUGCUCCUGAGCGCGCCAGUGCAUGAUUUGCUACGAAAUAUCGCGAAAAGCGUAUUUGAACUAAGAGAGUCGAUUCAUUAUCCUCAUACGGACGAAUUGCCUCCCCUUUCUGCGCUUGAACGGAUGGUCGUGAUAUCUAUUGGUCAAGACCGAUGUCCUCCCAAGUUUGGCGGCCUUGAUGCGCUUGAGAAGAAGAUACUUCUUCUUUUGUACUCCUAUUUUCUAGGGGCAGGGGAAGUGUUGCAAAAAAAUCUCAAAAAAAUAUCGGACGCCCCUAUAUUUGACGGGAGGUCUCAAGAAAGCACUGGGGUAUUUAUUGCCCUAUGGCAAAAUUCCCUCCAAUCAAUCAAAAAAGAGGCUACAAAGAAGGUGCAAGUUGCCGAAGAAUGGCAUAUGCCGGCUCUUGAGCUUUGGUAUGACCUUUUGUUUUUGCAAAAGACUCUCACUCGCCUUUGGCAGCUUAUUAUUGAGAUGGCAUCUUUGCAGAUUGUCGAGGAAAAUCCUGAUCCUGGAUACCGACAUAUUGAUCAGCGACUUGAACAUGCCAACCAUUGUUAUCUUGUGCACGUAUUGUUACAAUUGGAAAAAUUAUGGAGCAAUGCGCUUUCCCUCACGUCUGCUUUUCCUUGUGGAGGCAACCUUUUUGGUGAUACCGGGCCUGGUAGGGCCUCCGGCCCGAUGGUGAAAAUUUUUUCCCAAAUUUCGGUUAUCAAUAGGAGAGGAAGGUAUCGGCGCUUGCUGAUUACGUUGAAUUUAUAUGAAAUAUCUGGCUGGAUUUUCGUUGCAUCUUCGUUGGAUAAGCCUAGCUCGGUCUCUCUGGCCUCGUUCCCGACCCUUCAUGAAUUGGAGCAAAGAGAAGCCAGUGUCUUGUAUGUUCAGCGUGUUUGUAACCAAAAAAAGGACCCAUCUGUGCUAGAGAUCUCUGAAACCGACCGUUCCCUGCCACAAAUUGACGUCGACCUUAUGAGCGUCAAUCGAAAGCUUGGGCUCGAUAUUUGGUUUAUUGGGACGGCUUUUGGUGUUGAUUAUCGGCAUAUCCAAUGA